GAGAGAGAUAGCCCAAAUCACCAGCUACAGUGAGUGAGUGAGCGAGAGAGAACCAAUAUCGUCCGAUGGCAGUUUUCCUAAACUUGUGUGAUGAAGACACAGGAAAGAGCUUCACAGCCCAUCUCAACAAAGCUCUCAUUGAUUCUGCUAUCUCCACCUUCUUCUUUUCACCCACACAACAACUACCCACUACUAUACAGAGAGCAAUUGAACGGUGCGAGGUGUUUAUACCUAUCUUUUCCCCCCCUCUUUCUUCUGCCUUGACCAGCUCUCUUAUUUACUGAGCUUGCCGAGGGCGACGCUUGUCCUUCCUGUGUUUUAUGAUGUGGAGCUUUCUCAUGUUCGCUGGCAAAAGGGGCCUUUCGAUGGAGCUUUUGUGGAUCACCAAAAUAAGAAUGGGAUUGAUGAGGCGACGAUGCAGAGGUGGAGAAAUGCUUUGAAAGAUAUUGCCGAUCUUCCCGGUUGGGAAAUGAAGAAUUACAGGACUGAAGCACAUUUGGUGGGCGACUUGUCAAGCAUGUUUCUAUGAAGUUGAUUUGUGACACACCACUACAUGUUGCCGCUCACCCUGUCGGGCUCAAUCCUCGGGUUGAUGAUGUGAUGAGACACUUAGAAAUUGAUGCUAAUGAUGUUCGAAUGAUUGGGAUCCAUGGAAUGGGUGGCAUUGGUAAGACCACUCUUGCUAAGGAAGUGUUCAACAAAAUAUGUUCCAAAUUCCAUGGCAGCUGUUUCCUCUCAGAUGUUAGAGAGUCUUCAAAAACAAAUGGGGUUGUCAACUUACAGAGACAACUUCUUAGAACUUUUGAUGAAGUAGAUUCAAGUAUAUAUAAUGCUGAUAGAGGCAUCAAUGUUAUUAAGAAUAAGAUUGGGUCGAAGAAAGUUCAUGUUGUAUUUGAUGACAUUGAUGAUGACAAACAACUUGAAAAAUUGGCUGGUAACCGUGAUUGGUAUUGUCAAGGAAGUAGAAUUAUCAUCACUACUAGGGAUGAGCACGUGUUGAAUGUGCAUAAUAGGGUAGAUAGUAAUCAUGUCUACAAGCUCGAGGCAUUGGAUCACAUACAAUCCCUUGAACUCUUUAGUUGGUGUGCGUUCCAGAGGAAUCAACCGAUACCAGAAUUCGUGCAACUCUCUAAGGAUGUAAUAUCCAUUGCUUGUGGGCUUCCCCUGGCUCUUGAAGUUUUGGGAUGUUACUUAUGUGACAAGUUAAACAUUGAAGAGUGGGAAGAGGCAAUACUGAAUUUGAAAAGAAUUCCCGCAAAUGAUGUUAUGCGAAAGCUUAGAAUAAGUUAUGAUGAUUUGAGUGAAGAAGAGAAGCAUAUAUUUCUUGAUAUUGCAUGCUUCUUUAUUGGAGAAAAAAGAGAUUAUACAAUUCAUAUAUGGAAAGGUUGUGGUUUUCCAGCUUCAAUUUCUAUAAAGAAGCUCUUGCAAAGGUUACUUGUAAAGAUUAAUGAUUCGGAUAGGUUGCAGAUGCACGACCAACUUCGUGAUACGGGGAGACGGAUUGUUGAAUUAGAAAACCUAGAUAAUCAUGGAAAGCGUAGUAGGUUAUGGUUUAGAGGAGAUGUCAUUACUGUGUUGAAGAAUCACAAGGGAACUCCUAAGGUUCGAGGCCUAAUGAUCAGGGGGAAUGAAGACGAGUAUAUUUGGGAAACUGAAGCAUUUAAAGCAAUGACCAAUUUGAAGCUACUCGGUAUCAGUCAAGCUUGUCUUAAAGGAAGCUUGAAAGAUCUUUCAUCAGAGUAAGUGUGGCUACAACUAGGGGAACAUCCGUGGCAGUAUCUCGCAGAAGAUUGUAGCUGUGAAAGGCUAGCUGUCCUUGACUUCACAAACAGUAACACUGUGUUGAAGAGCAACAUCAAGCAGCUCUUCCCGAAGUUGAAGGUCCUUGAUCUUAAUAGGUGCCGUAUCUUAGAGAGAAUUCCUGACUGUUCUCUAUACAUGAAUUUGAAGCAGUUGAUUCUUGAAUAUUGUGAAAACUUGAUUGAGAUUCCCGACUCCAUAGGGCUUUUAAGGGAUUUAGUUUAUCUGAAUCUUGAGGGAUGUUCCAACCUCAAGAAACUGCCAGAAAACUUUGGAAAGCUUACAAGUUUAAGGACUCUCAAUUUAAACUACAACUCCAAUUUGACAAGGCUUCCAUCUACUUUCUCCGGUCUUUGUUCCUUGGAGGAAUUGUCCGCAUGGGCUUGUUACCUGCAAGGGGUGAUUGCUGAUGACUUUGAAAAGUUGUCCAAAUUGAAAAAGUUGGAUCUCUACCGCAACAACAGUAUCCAAGGCCUACCUAGGAGCAUUAGGGGCCUUUCUCAAUUAGAAGAGAUGCGUAUAAGUGUUUGUGCGCAGCUCAUAACUAUAGCUGAGCUCCCCAGUAGUUUGAAAUGUCUAAAUGCUAGCGACUGCUACGAGUUGCGAACCAUGCCGGAGUUAUCUCAUCUUUCUCAACUAGAAGCUUUGUAUUUAGCUAACUGUGAGCAGCUGAUAGCUAUUCCUGAGCUCCCCACCAGUUUAAAAUAUUUGGAUGUUUCGGACUGUGUGAGCUAUUGGGGAUCUUUCCACCACUUUGAAAUCUUUGAAGGCUUCCCACUGCUUAUCUUUGCAAAUUAUACCGGACCUCUCUCACCUUUCUCAACUUGAAGAAUUGGAUCUCACAGGCUGUAAAGGAUUGAUUGAGAUACAGGGCCUCAGUGGGUUGAAAUCUUUGAAAACUUUGCAGUUGAAUGGGUGCAGCCCUCAUUCUUUGAGGGGUCAAGUGCUAGCAAAGGAAAUAUUUGCAGGUUUAGAAUGCUUAACAGUUCCUGGAAGCAAGGUUCCAAAUUGGUCCCAGGAUAAGUGGAUUACGCAGGACAGCAGUGUGUUGUACCGAGUGUCGGGGGUUCCAGAUGAAGGAAAAUAUAUCAGAGGACUGAUGCUGUGCUUUGCUACUCAUUUGGUUGCACCCACAACAGCCAUCUCGUGGACAUAUGGAUGAAGAGCGAAAAUUGUAUGGCACAAUUACUAACUCAUCCAACCCAGCAAGAUCAAAUUUAUUUUUACCAUUUACGAUCUGGCCAGACUGAAAAUCUCCCCAGGCGGUUGAAAACUGGGGAUGAAAUCGUAGUUAGAAUUAUGAAUGGACCAGCGUGGGUGAGAUUUCCCUGCAAUUUAAUGACGGAGGUAGGAUUCCAUCCUGUAUGGGAACCAGAAGAUACCAAGGAUUCCAUUCGAGAAGAUGGCGAGGAUUCCAUCCCUGAAAAGCUCGCAGAAUUCUUCAAUUCAUUGUUUCUUCAAUGACAUUUUGCAGCAACAGAAUUUCAAAGGUACGGAUAAUUUUUGGUUUAGAUUGCCAAACUGUGUUCUCUUCUCAUAUAACAGAUGGAUUCACAAAUGGCUUCAGUAUCUGCUGCCUUCUUAUCAAUGGUUUUCAGUGAAAUACAUGCUUUUGUUUUGCCCCUUUCCAUUCUUUUGAUUCCCAAAUGCAUCCCCUAAAUAAAAUCGUGCUAAAAAAAUUAUCUUGAAUCUCGACCAGCCCUGAUUUAUAUUUGAACUGAAAAAAUCAAGGUCUCUUUUUCUCCAUGUGUGUGCUUGGGGACAUGUCAGCUGUUAUAGUUCUUUUAUGGCUUGAUAUGGUUGAAGAGUUUUAUAGAUAUCUGAUUUUUUUUAAACAUUUUUUUAUGUUUUUUUUUGUAUGGCAUAAAUUUGCCAU